AUGGACAAAAAUAAUAAUAAUAAUAAUAAUAAUAAUAAUAAUAAUAAUAAUGAUAAUAAUAAUAAUAGUAGUAAUAAAAAUAAUAUUGUAAAUGUAAUUGAGUGUAAAGAUAGUUUAUAUUCAUUUAGAAGUAUUUUAGAUAAUAAUUUUGAUUCAGAGAGUGAUUAUGAAUCAUGGCCUGAUGAAUACAAUUUAGUAAUAGGAAAUAAUGAGAAAAAAAUUAAUUUCAUUUUUAAUUUUCAAAAUGAAGAUUUUUAUGAAAAUAAAUUUUAUUCAAAUAAUUCAAAUGAAAUUAAUUUUUUAAUUUUUUUAAAUAUUUCAAUUGAUAUUAGUGGUGAAAAUGAUAAAAUUAAAUUAUUAAAAGAACCAUUUAAUGAUAUUAAAAAUGAAUUUAAAAAAAAACAUCAUCAUCAAAAAACCAAUCUAAAAUUUAAUAUUAUAUUAUUGGUUUCAAGUUAUCAAUUAACAACACAAAAACCUUCUAUUAAAUAUAAAGAAAAUCAAAUUAAAUUAAUUGAAAUUGAAAUUCAAAAACAAAUUAAAGAAAAUCAAAAUUUUAAUAUUUUCUUUAAACAAAUACAAUUUUCAAAUAAAAAUUAUCAAAAAGAUUAUAUAUUAAAUAAUUUAAUAUUUUCAAAAUUUUCAAAUAAUAAUAUUGAUAAUAAUAAUAAUAAUAAAAAUGAAUUUAAAUUAUUUAAAGAAAAUGAAAGAAUAAAAAAAGAAUUAUUUGUUAAUAAAAUUUGUUCAAAUGAAAAUAAUGAAUUAAUAAGUCCAUUAGAGAUGUAUAAAGAGUUUGAAUCAAUUGAUUAUAUUGAUAUUGAAGAGAUAUUAAAUAAAAAAUUAUUAAAUAAAAUUCAAUGGUUAAGAGAUCAAUUAGAGGCAAAUACAAUACUAUUGAAAAGAAUUGACAAUUCAAUAUUAUUAUUUUAUUUAAAUUUAAAAACAUUUUAUUUAAUUACAUUAUUAGAAAAUAAUUUAAAUUUUUAUCAUUUAAGAACAUUAUUUACUGAACCGAAAUAUUUAAAUUCAAUACCAUUACUUACUAAAGAUUUUGAAAUAUUUAAUCAAAAAAUUGAACAAUUUUCAUUAAAUAUUCAUCCUUUUUUACAAUUAUCACAAGAUUAUCAAUUAUUUAAUAGGGUUUCACAAUGUGAAAAUUUAAAUAUUUAUCAAUAUAUUUACCAACAAUUAAAUAGUGAUAAUAAAUUAUUCAAGAAAGAUUCUGGAUAUUAUGUAAAUUCAUAUACUAAUAAUGAACCACCAUAUUGGAACUAUUUAUCAAUUGGUUAUUUAAUUGAAAAUAAUUCAAUAGAUAUAAUAGAAUGGAUAAUUAAUGAUAAAAAUAAUCAAAUGCCAAUUGAAAAUCAAAUUAUUUGGCAAUCAAAUGCUUUAAUUUUAUGUGCUUAUUUUAAUAAUUUAAAUUUAUUUAAAUAUUUUUUAAAUCAUAAAAAUAGUAUAUUACUAUUAACAAAUAAUAAUAAUAAUAACAAAAUUGAAAAUAAUUUAAAUUCAAUAGGAUUUUAUUUUUCAACAUUAUCAAUUAUUGAACAAUCAAUACAUUAUUCAGUAAUUAAAGGGAAUUUAGAAAUUUUAAAAUUUAUAGUUAAUGAAAAACUUUAUCAAGAUGGUAAUAUUAAUUAUUGUAAAGCAAGUGAUGGUAUUUUUCCAAUUCAUUUGGCUGCAAAAUAUCAUCAAAAAGAAGUAUUUGAUUAUUUAUUUGAACAAGUUGGUGGUAUUGAUAUAAAUCACCCAAAUUGUAUUACUGGUGCAACUCCUUUGUAUUAUGCUGAGGAAGUUUGUUAUUAUACAAAUAAUAAUAGUUGUUUUUGUAAAUAUUUAGUUGAAAAGUAUAAUGCAUCUGAAACUUGUACUUUGAAUGGUAAUCAAUUCUCAGUUAAUAGUUUUAAAUCUUGGUCGUGCUCAAUUUUGUAA